AUGUUCAAGCUUAGUCCCGCUAUACUGCUCGGCUUGGCCGCCAGUGCCAACGCCUUCUGGCGCAUGGAGUGCCCUGGCCGUCUCGAUGUCGCCCGAAUUGACCCCAUUGUCAACCCCAACAGCGUCUCUGCUCACGCCCACUCUCUUCACGGCUCUUCCGGCCUCUCCGCCUCUGCUGACGGCGCUGCCCUCAAGGGUGGUGACUGCACUUCUUGCCGUGUCACCCAGGACAAAUCUGCCUACUGGUCGCCCUCCCUCUACUUUCAGGAUACCGACACUGGCAAGUUUGAGCUCGUCACCCAAGUUGGUGGUAUGCUCGCCUACUACCUUCUCUACGGAGACAACAUCAAGGCCUUCCCUGACGAGUUCCGCAUGAUCGCUGGUUCCAAUACCCGCCGCGCCUACACUGCUGGAAAUCCCGAGCAGGCUGACCCCGACAAGUCUCUCUGGCAGUCCAUGGGCCAGACCAAGCAGAACCUUCUUGAGCAGCGUGCUCUCGGCUUCAACUGCCUCAACUACGACAAGCAGCCUGAGGGCACCCUCUACCGCCAUUACAUGCCUGACAAGGCCUACCUCGACGCCAACUGCAAGGAUGGUAUCCGUCUCGAAAUCAUGUUCCCCUCGUGCUGGGAUGGCAAGAAUACCGACUCUAGCGACCACAAGUCUCACAUGGCCUACCCCGAUCUCGUCAUGACCGGUACCUGCCCCGAGGGUUACGAGACGCGCGUUCCCUCUCUGAUGUUUGAGACCAUCUGGUCCGUCGUCCCCUUCAAGAACCGCAACGGUCGAUUCGUCUUCUCCAACGGUGAUACCGAGGGCUACGCUUACCACGCUGAUUUCAUGAUGGGCUGGGACCACGAUUUCCUCCAACAAGCUGUCAACACUUGCACUAACCCCUCUGGCAAGAUUGAGGACUGCCCUCUCUUCAACGUUGUUGACCAGGGCACCGCCACCUCUUGCAAGCUCCAGAAGUCUCUUCCCGAGACGCUGGCUGCUGAGAUCAAGGACAUCCUCGGUCCUAUGGCUAAGCUUCCCGGUGACCUCGCCGUCUUUGGCGACAAUGGCAACCCUUCACUGCCCGAAACUGGCGGUAGCGCUCCCUCUGCCACCUCUGCCCCCGCUACGACAUCCAAGCCUACUCUCAGCUACACUCCUGGUGACACGCCCACAAACUCUGCCUCGCCUCUCCCUGGCCAGGUAUUCAAGCAGGUUGAUUCUGAAUCAGCCUCUCCCUCUACUCCCGCCCCUACUACCGCCUCUGCCCCCGUUGCCGCUGCCGCUGCUGUCACUGAGGCUCCCACCGCCACAGCUGAGCCCAGCUACUACAGCACUCAGUACAUCACCAACGGCAACACGGUUAGCAAGAUUCUGUGGAAGGAAGAGGUCGUCACCGUCACGGAGACUGCCGAGACUACUGCCACGCAAAUCGCCGACGCUGCUAAACGCCGUCGUUCGCACCUCCACGGUCACGCCCGUAGGAGCUAA